AUGGGUCACUGGGAGGUUGUUAUGUUUAUCCUUGCAUUGGAGAUUCUGCCCACCUUAACGCACGUUCCAAUAGCGCCUCUACCCUUUAAAUGUCCACAUGGUAGUCCCAAAACACGAACGGAUGUUGGCACUUAUUGUGGCAGACGGGAGACUGUCAUCUGGCCGGGAAAACGAACCACUCAAGUGGACAUAUAUUACGGCAUUCGAUACGCCCAACCACCAACUGGGUCUCUUCGUUUCAAGAAACCGGUACCACCAAUACCAAAACCAGAUCAAAUCUUCAAUGCAAACGCCAAACCGGAUGCUUGUUAUCAGUACAUUGAUACACUGUUUCAGAAUUCGGCCGGAGCCAGGAUGUGGCAACCGAAUACCCCAUUAUCUGAAGAUUGUCUAUUCCUGAAUAUCUGGGUUCCCAUUCUCCCACCGGCGCAAAAGUGUGCGAAGGAUCAGAAACUCCCCGUGAUGGUUUGGAUAUUUGGUGGCUCUUUCUAUAGCGGUUCUUCGGUAUUAGAUGUCUACGAUGGUCGAUUCCUGUCAACACGUCAAGAUGUCAUAGUGGUUACGCUGAACUAUCGUCUUGGUCCAUUUGGAUUUCUAUAUCUUAAUAAUUCUUGGGUUCCGGGAAACAUGGGUCUGUGGGAUCAAAGGCUGGCGAUCAAGUGGGUGAAGGACCACAUUGAAAAAUUCAAUGGAGACUCCUCGAGGAUUACCCUCUUUGGUGAAUCGGCAGGAGCCGUGAGUGUUAGCGCUCAUCUCAUCUCACCUUGGUCCCAUGGCUUUUUCACCAACGCCAUCCUCCAAUCUGGCUCCGUUUUCAGCUACUGGGGCGUCGAGGCCCCCAAAAAACAACUCAUUCAAUCUAAAAGAUUGGUCGAAAUGGUUGGCUGUGGCGGUCGCAGUGGACGUGACCUCCACGCCUGUCUCCAACUGAAGUCUCCAGAAUCCUUUAUCGAAGCCCAAGAUCAUCUAAUUGAUCCCAACGUCUUUUUCUCUAUUCCCUUUCCACCGGUGUUGGAUGGACAUUUCUUGCCCUACCGGAACAGCCAAAGCUUUGCCGAAUUGGGCUACCUGAAACCCUCGGGUGCGGUGAUGAUAGGCAUGAAUGCCAAUGAAGGCAGCUACUUCCUGCUCUACACUUUAGUCUCCAAUACUUCAUUCGCGGAGAAUAUUGAAACUCUGCCUGUGGCCACACAUGAAGAGUACUUCAAAGCGCUACACAAAGUCCUCGAUAUUGAACAUGACAGGAGACCCGAUCUAAUGGAACCAUUGGCUAUUUACACUGACUUCGAGUACAAAAACUAUUCUGAGCCGGAUAAUGCUCAAACUUGGACCCGAAUGCUGGAGGAGAUAAGCAGUGACCGAGGUUUCAAGUGUCCCACAAUUGAUUUCGCCCAGGCACUGGUGAACCGCAAUCGGGGGCCACGAAACCGACUAUCAUUGCGAAGUGUCACACCGCGUACAUAUUUCUACGAAUUUGUGCAUCGUACGGAGAAUUUGCCUUGGCCGAAAUGGACCCACACCAUGCAUGGCUAUGAGAUUGAGUACGUCUUCGGUAUUCCCUUCUCCCCGGUGUUCGCGGAGAAAUUCUACCGCUUUGGCGACGCAGAACGCGAACUCAGUGACCGUAUGAUGACCUACUGGGCAAACUUUGCACGGACUGGAGAUCCCAACGUCCUUGCUAACGGGAAAAAUAUUCCCUCUUCCGAGUCUCCACCAACCGCCAGUAGGGAGGCCUCUCCAUGGGUCAGUUCGCACAGCGUAGAUGCCUCUACCUGCCUUCCACAUCAUCUGCCAAUGCGGCAUUGGCAGGAGUUUGAUGAACGCACUGAGGCCUUCCUCAUCCUCGACACAGAACAAAUGACAACCGGGGCUCAUCCAAGAUCGAGACAGUGCUUAUUUUGGCGUCGAUGGUUCCCAAUCAUGAUGCAGCAAGCUGAACGGCUUUCAGGAAUUUGUCCGUCUAUGACCUGA